UCGCGCUCAACAGUUUGAUCAGGACCAGCACACAGCAUACACGUACACACUUCUGGCUUAUUAUCCACCCUCUAAAGUGGAAAAAACAAGCAGAACACAGCAAUGUGGCAGGACUCAGAUUCAGAACCUGCAGCCCAUAUGUCAAACCCAGCGGUCACCAGCCAACCUGGAGCAGGUGGCUAUGGCACCAACGUCCAAACGGGACAGUGGAGCACAGGCCUCUGCUCCUGCUGCAGUGAUUUGUUGAUAUGUGCUUUUGGCUGCAUUUGCCCGAUGGGGCUGGCCUGCUACACAGCGGACAAAUAUGGGGAAAUCUGCUGCUUGGGCUGCAUACCGGGCGGCUUGACGGCAAUGAGGACCCACAUGAGGCUUACGUACGGCAUCCAGGGGACUAUAUGCAACGAUGCCCUCAUGUCCUGCUUCUGCGGCAUCUGUGACCUGUGCAGAAUGGCCAGAGAGAUCCGCAUCCGGAAUGGAGAAACUUCCCCUUAAUACCAGCAAGAAAUUCAACAAAUCAUUUCUCUCCUCUCACGCCAGCCUCCCCCCUCCGAAGACGAUCAUACAAAAUGCCCAAUGCUAAAGAUGUCAUUUUUUUCCUGCUUUCACUCAAACAAAAAGAGAAUUGUGGGGAGCCUCUUAAUGAAUAAAGAUGGAUGUCAAUUUUAUGCAUUUGCCUGAAAAUGUAACAAUGUGCCUGAUCAUAAUUUAAAAAAGUACACUUGCCGUUCCAGAAAGAACCAGAUUAGAGAUUAAAAUGUGGUGUUGUUUAUUUCCAUAAUUUAGCUAUUGGAAAACUAUUUCAUUUUAUUUAACAUUGGAUGUUUAACAAAAGCAGGAUUAACCAAUGUAAACAUAAAAUGUCUUUAUACAAAUUAAAUUGAAAUGUACCAAUGUGGCAGCAUGGUGGAGGAGCUGUAAAGCAUUGGCCUCCCAGUUCUGAGGAGCAAAGUUCAAUCCCGGCCAUGCAUGUGUGAAGUUUACAGGUUCUUGAGGUUAAGCGGCAAAAGAAAAUGGAUGGAUGGAUGUAAAGCAGAGGGUUUUUUUUUUCAACACAAAUAAUUUAGUAGAAUUAUUGCAUAAAUAAAUAAUCUACAUUGUAUUGUUGUAUUAUAUUGGAUUUUUAACUA